AUGGCGUCUCGUAUACGACCUCGCAGCUUCGGCGCCGGCAUUGAUGGCAUCGACGACACGGAGAUGACCAUCAUCAUCGUCUUUCUCUCGCUAGCCCUGUACAACGUCCUCGAGCUGUUUUGCAUCAUCUGGAGCACCUUCAAACGAUAUGCCGGGCUCUACUUCUGGUCCUUCUUGAUGGCGACGGUUGGCAUCGCCUUGUCCUGCGUCGGAUUCUGCAUCAAAUACUUUGGGCCCGAAUCGCUGGGCUACUUCUCUUGUACACUCAGCUUGACGGGAUGGGUGUGUAUGGUGACGGGUCAAUCGCUGGUGCUGUGGUCUCGACUGCAUCUCGUGCUGAGGAACCGGAAACGACUGAAGAUUAUCCUCUGGAUCAUCAUCUUCAAUGCCGUCGUCUGCCACGGCAUGGUCAUCCCGCUGGUAUACGGAUCGUUCUCGAACAGCCCGGAAAUCUUUCAGCAGCCGUACAAGGUUACCGAACGGAUAGAAAUCGUCGUCUUCUUCCUGCAGGAGAUGAUGUUGUCUGGUCUCUACAUCUACGAGACCAUCAAACUGCUGCGGAUGGGAGGCAGUCUGGGAAACAAGCAGUCCAGUCGUCGCGUGCUGAAGAACCUGAUCCUCGUCAACGUCUUAGUGAUGAUUCUCGAUGUAACGAUUCUGGUUCUUGAGUUUGCGAACCUCUACGACUACCAGAUCUCGUACAAGCCGUUCGCCUACAGCAUCAAGCUGAAGCUCGAAUUCACCGUCCUCAAUCGCCUCGUUGAGCUGACGAGCGGGGGACGCGAGCAUCAUCCCAGCGACCACAGCAGGUCGUCGAGUGGCCGCAGCAACAGCACCGGCUCAGCCUUCAUGGACACCUUGAGCAGCGGCAAGUCGAUCAGCGGUGGCUCGUACCAUGCAUAUGCAAAGGGCGGAUGCACCGAUCAUCUGCACAAGCCGACGCCGUCGGAGGUCGAGAACGGGAAUAGGGUCAUGAUGACGACCGCCAUUACCGUGCAUCAUGAGAAGAGGUCGCCGGGCUGUGACGAGAUGGGGCAGCCCAAGGAUUCGUCUGAAGGGUCGACGAGUACAAGUAGCAGUUCGACGGCGGGGAGCUAUGGGGGCGGAGAGAAAUCAUGA